UUUAUUAACUUUAGUAUAUGUUUUUGGAGCCACAUUUCUCAUUUGUCAACACUGACGAUUGUGAAUUGACUCUAGUCGCCUUUUCGAAUGGUGACAACUCUAGUGCCGUAAAGCAAAACAAAAACAGCAGAAGAAAUUUAAAACGUCAUUGUUAGGCAAAAGCUAUAAAAGUUGUUAGCAUUUUGGUGUGCGAACGAGGAAGAUGUCCUUCCGCACUUCUUUCUUAGUGGCAGCAGGGCUGCUGCUGCUCCUGAUCCAAGAGCAUGCCUGUGUCGCACCAGCCACCCAGGAGACUGUAACAACUAUUCCGGUGAAAAGUGCGCCGGCUGGUAAAAUCGUAAAAAAGGCACAGCCAGAAGAUCCGUCAGCUGGUCCAAAAGAUUCUAUGGUUGUUGUGAGCAAGGGAGGUCCAGAGCCUGCUGCGCCCCCGGCAUUGCCGCCCGAUGCCAAGGCCCCCGCACUGCCAGUCGAAGAUAAGGCCCCGGCCUCUGGAUCCGCCGCCAGUCUUCCUGUCGACGAUGUUCUCGUCGAGCACUCCCAUAUGAACAGUGAUGAUGAUUCCCCCGGCCAGGCCGUUGUCUACAUAGUGGUGGGCAUCACCAGUACGGCUAUUCUGUUGCUCGUAAUGCGGGUUUAUCGGCUGCGACUUUCACGGGCUGAGCGCAAGUACGGCGUGCAGGGCGACCGGGCCAACCAGGAGCUAACACCUCUACCCAUGGCCAUCGAGGACGUCAACAGCGAUGAGGAGGACCACACCCUGUUCGAGGUCAAUCGCCAGAACAUACGCAUAUUAUGAAAUAGCCAACACCAGCACACGCCAAAGAUCUGUGUGGCCGUGGCGCCAUUACCAACACAACUCCUCAGCAGACUUGCCUUAUUUCGUAGCUAUUUAACGUUUUGUAGAUUUACGCUGUAGCCGCUAACACAUAGCACAUUAAGUCCAAUGCCCGGUUCUCCCACUAACUGAGUAACUAAGUUCUGUGCAUUUCUCCCCACUCGCAGUUGGUUCAAGUUUAACGAAUCAAAGGAAAACAAAACCACUUGUGAUAACGAUAACGAUGAUACAUGUAUGUCUAUAAGUAACAGGAUGCCGCCGCUGAAGCCCCGAAGGCAUUAAAAAUCUCAAAUUACGGAUACUCUUCACUCGCCUCAACGCGUAUCUGUUCCAUAUUAAUAAAUGUUAUCUUAAAUGUA